AUGACUAUUCUCGUGAUUUCUUUCAGUCUUGCUCUUCCUCGCCUUCCUUCAAUUCGCCUAUUUCUUGCCCGCACACUGUGCAUUAAGCUUUCCUCAUCAAACACUGCCACAAAGCCCCAUCCUACAGUGGUUUGGUCAAUUGGGUCGAAGCCCAAAUCGGAGAAAAGGUCGAAUUCCGGGUCUUGGGUUCGAGUUUAUAGCAGUGGAGAUGUUUAUGAAGGUGAAUUCCACAAAGGGAAGUGCUCUGGAAGUGGGGUGUACUACUAUCAUAUGAGUGGGAAGUAUGAGGGUGAUUGGGUUGAUGAGAAGUUUGACGGGUAUGGUGUUGAGACUUGGGCCAAAGGGAGUCGAUAUCGCGGGCAGUAUAGGCAGGGACUGAGGCAUGGUUAUGGUGUGUAUAGGUUUUACACUGGUGAUGUUUAUGCUGGAGAGUGGUGUAAUGGGCAGUCUCAUGGGUGUGGAGUUCAUAAUUCUGAGGAUGGGAGCUGUUAUGUUGGGGAGUUUAAGUGGGGGGUCAAACAUGGGCUUGGCCAUUACAAUUUCAGGUGA